AUGUCCCAUCGAACAAAAAUAUUGCUAACGCGCCCUCCCAUACUCUGUCUGACUUUGAUUGUUCCUUGUCCGAGGAGGCAUAGGCCCGACUUCAAGUGAGGUUUGGACCACACACGUUUGACUUGAGGUCUUUGGACAGCAACUGUCGCAGAGGAAUGGAAGCUUGUUGCGUCAUUACUCGCCUCGGCCGACUCCAUAUUCUUUAGGGGUUAAUGUUUUUGCACAACCGAUACCGAUGGAACAUAACAUCUGCCUUUCCUUGUUUCGUUCUCAUGAGACCGUUGUUGCGGUACUUUUUUGAUCAAUGCCAGCGUUUCGCUUUUACCGUCAUUGUCCCUCAUUUACACCCGCAUCAUUAUUGGCGGGCAAUACUCCAAGCUAUUGCAGUGGAUUAUUUUCUUCUUGGGAGGAAAGGUGAUCCGGCCGUAUUGCGUUUCCCUCACCACACCUCCCCGGAUUUCUUUGUUAGGCCCUUACAAUAAGAUCGGUGGGCUUUUCGUUGUAUCUGCUCCUAGUUAUGGAAGCCUGCCUGCAGAUGUCCUCCCUACUCUUAUCCAAACAACAAUGACCGAACUUUUGCCAAGCCCCCGGUUAAAACCUAUGUCACGUGAGCCAAUGCAAAUGCGGACAUGCCAUUGAUCAACAAGUGUUUUACAAAAUUCCAAGAAUCAUACAGGAACAAACCUCAUGAACGGCAAAAGGAUUCAUUAGAAGUUCAGCUAUCGAGUUUCUUACACUCUCUUGUACCCCCAAAGAAAGUUUUUGCUGCGACCACAGAAGACAUUGUAAAGUUUUGAUUAGCAAGGAUGCCAUGGGAAAACAAAAACUCCAUGUACACUCAACAACCUGAAGCGUCUGGUGGCCACAACUGUUAAUUCACAUAUAGGGGAGCUUAGGGUGAUUUUCAAUAGGUUAGGCCGUUCAGGGUUUUCUAACCCGCUGGCACAUCCUUCUGUUAAAGAAUAUCUUAAGUUUGUAAGAGAGGAGCAAGCCCAGCAACCUUUACUACUUCAUCAGGCUGUCCCUUUGUUCUAUGACAAAUUCACCAGUUUAAUUGCCUGUCUUCGGAACAUAUGA